UGCCGUCGCGCAUGCACGCGCAUGUCGCUCGUUGUUUUAUUCGGUGAUGUGAGGUGGCCCCCGCCGCUACCGCAACGCCGCGCGACAUCCGCGCUUUUUUUCGCGACUGAGUGCGCCAGGUGAAGGCUCAAGAGCCUUCGAGCCGGCAAGACGCCGUCCACCGUGGAUCUUAGGUACGGCGCCAUGGCGGCGACCACGUACAUGCCGGGCGAGCUGGAUCUCGGCACCCUGGGAGGGUACCAUGCUGCGUCGCCGCGCAGUGCCGAGCCCGCCGACAUGAAAUACCAGCACCAUCUGCAGGCGGGCGGCUCGCCCUCGCCGGGCGCGCCUGUCCUCAACCCUUGGGCGUCGCUCCCGCCGGCAGACCCUUGGGCCGUGCACCAGCACCACGCGCACGCGCAUCAGCCGGACGUGAAACCUCCGCCUGCGCCGCACGACCACCGCCACCUGCAGCACAGCCACGGCUGGCACGCGCCCGUCGUCACCGCGCACUACGGCGCCGGCUCGCCCGUCGCCCUGCAUGGCGGCUACGCGGUGCCCAUGCACCAGCACCACAUGCUGCGCGAUGUGCAGCCCAGCCCGCACCCACUGCAUCACCAUCCCGGUCUUGAGCGCGACCAGCCGGAGGAGGACACGCCCACCAGCGACGACCUCGAGGCCUUCGCCAAGCAGUUUAAGCAGAGACGCAUCAAGCUCGGCUUCACGCAGGCCGAUGUCGGCCUCGCGCUCGGCACCCUUUACGGAAACGUUUUCUCACAAACGACUAUUUGCCGAUUCGAGGCGCUACAACUCAGUUUCAAAAAUAUGUGUAAAUUGAAGCCGCUUCUGCAGAAAUGGUUGGAGGAGGCGGACUCCACCACCGGAAGUCCGACCAGUAUCGAUAAAAUAGCGGCACAAGGCAGAAAAAGAAAGAAGCGUACGUCUAUUGAAGUGUCCGUGAAAGGCGCCCUCGAACAGCACUUCCACAAGCAGCCGAAGCCAUCGGCCCAGGAGAUAACGACGCUCGCGGACAGCUUACAGCUCGAGAAGGAGGUAGUGCGCGUGUGGUUUUGCAAUCGACGACAGAAAGAGAAACGGAUGACGCCCCCCAACACGCUCGGCGGCGAGAUGCUGGACGGCAUGGGGCACGGGCACUACUCGCAUGAUGUGCACGGCUCGCCGCCACUCCACGCGCACUCGCCCGCGUUGUCGCCACCGCACGGGGCGCACGGCGGACACGGAGGGCACGGAGGGCACGGCUCGCACGGUGGCCACGGGGGACACGGCGCGCAUGGCGGGCACGGGGCGCAUGGUGGACACGCGCAGCACGGGCUAGCGCCCAGCGCGCAUACGCUCGCUGCGCACUAACAGUUCGCCCCGUGG